AUGGCUACGACUCGGCUGCUAAGCAGCCGUCAGAGCCAAGAUAAUGGUGCGAUUCCUGACGUAUGCUAUGAUUCAUGCACGGCAUCCACGGGGAAGAGCCCCAAGCUCUGCGAACCCAACUCGGCCUUUCGCAUAGCAUACGACAACUGCUCUUCUUGUAUUAAAGAAAAUACAAACAGGGCUGGUGGCAAAGGCAUACCGGGGCUAGAACGCUUUCUAGCCUUCUGCAACAUCGAGUCUUCCGCCACCAUACUCACAAUCACUCCAACCGCCAGAUCGACAUUGACAAUUGUUUCCACGGUUCCAACGGGAAGCACAACAUCACACACGGCAACAUCCUCGUUCACUCCGUCACCUACUCCAAGCUCUGGUCCAGUGGAAACGGCUGUCGGAGCCUCUUCAGGCAACAAAGCCUGGAUAGCCGGGGCCGUCAUAGGUUCUAUUGUAGCAUUAGCCCUCAUCAUAGGUACCAUCAUCUUCCUGCGCAGACGUUCGGCAGACAGGACGGCAAAAAGUCAAGAUCAGACUUACGAAAAAGCCCAGCUACAUGCUGAUAGCCUGCCAGGACCAGGGCGCAAGGCUGCCGACCCAGACUCCGGAAUAGUUCAUGAGAUGCCGGGGACUCCUUCUCGCGCUGCUGAGAAGCCCGCAAAUGAGCCAGCGGCACAUGAGUUGGCAUCUUGA